AUGGGUCGGUCAAUUACAGAAAUCAGUACAACGUCUAUCGAGUUGGUCGGGCGCUUGUCAUUCGUCGCGCAAGUGCUGCAAAGCGGCGAUACUGCACUCAUCACCAAGACCAUCCGCGAGAUCCCCCGCUACGCGACCAAAGCCGGCAUCACUUCCCUAAACGAUGCCAAGGCGAUUCUCCUCGGCGGCUCUUCCAUUUUACAUUUGGCUGUGCGCUGCGCCGAAGUCCCGGUUAUAGAGUUUGUCAUCUCACACGGGCCCAGCUACGUCGACAUCAAGGCUCGCGACGGCAACGGUCACACGCCACUUGAUCUCGCCGUCAGGGGGAGACGCCGCUCAGUGGUGCAGCUAUUGCGGCCAAGAAUGGCGCUCAGAAUCUGA